CCCGGCUCCGUUCCGGGUCGACCGCGUGCAAGGCCAAUGCCCUACAGCUGUGCUUUCUCUCCAGUCUCCCGUUAGAUGUUUUUUUUCCCCUGAUGCAAGUUUGGGAAGGGUGGUGUUCUUUUUUGUGACGAGGAACAGGUGAAGUAGGAGCUCGUGGUGUGGUCUCUGUCCAGAUUCCAGGAAAGAAAUGUCUGUGGUGCACCGGCUUUCGCCUGGAUGGUUACUGGAUCAUCUUUCUUUCAUUAACAAGAAUAACUAUCAACUUUGCCCACAUUGUACAUCUCGAUGCAGUAAACACGAACUCACUUCUACUUCUAUUGCCCUUGACUUUCCUCAUGUGAAGUCUGUGCCCUCUUGUGGAUCUUCUGAGUCUAUUGCUUUUGACUCGACCACAAAGCAAGAGAAUAAGGAUGGAGGAAAUUGUGAAAAAUUCAAUCUAAAGUAUGUUUUUCGAGCUGAACUGUUUGAUGUCUCCAAACCUUAUAUAACAUCUGCAGUCAACCAAGAAUGCCUACCAAGUAAUGAAAAGGAAGAUCUAAUGAAUAGUAUUAGAAAAGAAAUCCCCAUUUCCAGUUUUCGUAAGAAACGUAAAAGAUGUAUUGAUUUCAAUCAAGGUGAAUUGGAUGCUAUGGAAUAUCAUACUAAGGUCAGGGAACUGAUUAUCACUGAUCAUCACAGUUGAAUUUCAAGAAGGUCCUCAAAAGCGGCUUUCCUUCAUGUUUCUUCUGAAAAAGAGGAUAAAUGUAAAAAAUCCAUUACUUUGCCACUUGAUACCUGCAAUUUGUCAGAAUUAUGUGAAUUGGCCAAGCAUCUGCGUUCCCCGAACGAAACGGAACUUGAGACAUUAAAAUUGAUGGAAAAUAAUAUUGGCUCUUACAGAGCAGGAUUAUUUUCACGGGUUGUUGAAAAUAACUCUAGCUUUGCUAAAAUGGUCACUUUGAUGGGACAGCAAUAUCUGCUGGCCACCAAGAAGCAGCUUUCUUUGUCUGACAUUUCUUGUAUGCACCCGCUUCUGAACUGUAGGAAAACGUAUGAUAUAAUUGUGAUAGAUCCACCAUGGCAGAACAAGUCAGUCAAAAGAAGUAAUAGAUACAAUUAUUUAUCUUAUCAGCAAAUUAAACAACUACCUAUUUCUAAGCUGGCUGCUUCAAAUUGUCUGAUUAUCACUUGGGUAACCAAUAGGCAGAAGAUCCUCCGUUUUGUAAAGGAAGAACUUUAUCCUUCUUGGUCUGUGGGCUGUAGUUGCAGAAUGCAUUGGGUAAAAAUUACCAAUUCAGGAGAGUUUGUGUUCCCAUUAGAUUCUCUGCACAAAAAGCCUUAUGAAGGCCUUAUACUUGGGAGAGUUCAAGAAAAAAGUGCUUCACCAUUAAGGAAUGCAGAUAUAAAUGUUGCUCCAGUUCCAGACCACAAGUUAAUUGUGAGUGUGCCCUGCACUCUUCAUUCACAUAAGCCAUCCUCUUGAGAGGUUCUGAAAGAUUACAUCAAGCCAAAUGGGCAGUGUUUGGAAUUGUUUGCUCGAAAUUUACAGCCUGGUUGGACUAGCUGGGGCAAUGAAGUUCUCAAAUUUCAACAUGUGGAUUAUUUUAUUGCUCUGGAGCCUGGAAGUUGACUGGUCUUAAAUGAGUAAUUUUCUUUAGAUUUUCCUUAUCUCUUU